AUGGCUCUGCCUCAUAAGUCUCUACAGAUGCCAGACUCUGUGCUGGUCUUCUUUCCCUACGAGGACGUUGUGGAGGAACUGGCUGAGCUGCCUCCUCUCCUCCACAAUAUUGUCUAUAAUAGGCUUCAUCAAUGGAUUUCCUCGGCCUCUCCAAUGGCGGAGCAGAAGUAUCCACCCCAGCUAUCUUGCACAGUGUUUUGUGUUUCAGAGAAAUUGAGAUGGCCUGUUCUGGUGAUAGCCAUUCUUGCUGCAGUUGUGGGAAGCCAAUCCAUCAUCACUGGAACUUUCUCAAUCAUCAGGCAAUGCUCUGCAUUGAGUUGCUUCCCUAGAGUAAAAGUGGUUCACACUUCAUCCAAAAUCCAUGGACAAGUAUAUAUCCCUGAGAUCAAUUGGUUGUUGAUGCUCUUGUGUUUGGCUGUAACUGUUGGCUUCAGAGACACAAAGCUUAUGGGUAAUGCAUCAGGUUUGGCAGUUGUCUCAGUGAUGCUAGUCACCUCUUGUUUGAUGUCAGUGGUUAUCGUAAUCUGCUGGCACAAGAAUGUUCUGCUUGCAGUUGGGUUUGUUCUCUUUUUUGGCUCCAUUGAGGCUCUCUUCUUCUCAGCUUCUGUGAUGAAGUUCUUUGAAGGAGCAUGGGUGCCAGUUGCUUUGGCAUUUGUGUUUCUUUCUGUGAUGUGUGUGUGGCACUAUGGCACUCUCAAAAAGUAUGAAUUUGAUGUUCAAAACAAGGUUUCAAUCAGCUGGUUACUCAGCCUUGGCCCUAGCUUAGGCUUUGCAAGAGUACGUGGGAUUGGCCUUGUGCACACUGAACUAGUAUCUGGAAUUCCUGCUAUUUUCUCCCACUUUGUGACCAACCUACCAGCAUUCCACCAAGUCCUUGUUUUCCUAUGCAUCAAGCAUGUGCCAGUUCCACAUGUUAGAGGCGAGGAAAGGUUUCUAGUUGGUCGUGUAGGUCCGAGAGAUUUCAGAAUCUACAGGUGCAUAGUGAGAUAUGGAUACCAUGAUGUCCACAAAGAUGAUAAUGAGUUUGAAAAAGACCUUGUGUGCAGCAUAGCAAAGUUCAUACAAGCAGGAAGUGGUGGAUGCAACUCUUCAAAUGAUGAGGUUGAAAAGGGUGGAAACAUGACAGUGGUUGGAAGCUGUUCUACUAGCCACUCCCUGUUGGUGAGUGAGAAAGAUGAGGUUGAUGUGGAGUUGGAUGAGAGCUCAGAAUCAGAGAAGGUGAUGAAACGAAAGAAAAGGGUGAGAUUCAUUGUGCCUGAGAGUUCAAAGAUUGAUACUGCUGCAAUAGAGGAGUUGAAAGAGCUUAUGGAAGCUAGGGAAGUUGGAGUGGCCUACAUUUUAGGACAGUCCUACAUGAGAGUUAAAGCAGGGUCCAGCAUGCUGAAGAAGUUGGUUAUAAAUUUUGGGUAUGAAUUCUUGAGGAAAAAUAGCAGGGAGCCUUCCUCUCUACUUAGUGCUCCUCAUGCAUCAUCUUUGGAAGUUGGGAUGAUGUAUCAUGUUUAAUCUUUUGUUAAGCAAAUGAUUUAGAGUAAGUAAUCAUGUACAUGUUAUAAUCUUUUAUGCAUAUAUAGUGAAAGAGCCAUCACUUAAUCUGCUGUACAAAUCUUCACUUUCUUUUUUCCAUAUCACAACCUCACGCCUUUUUCUCAUAUCAACCUUAUAUAUCAAAUUAACUCAAAGAUAUUCAAUUU